UACUCAUAGUGCAGACGACAGUGCAAAGAUGGCGGCCGUCAGUAGCGACAGUUCGUCAGAAUCAGAGGAAGAAAACAACCAAAAGCCGGAAGCCAAAGCUAGUGGCAGUACAAACCCGUUUGCAAACAUGAUAGACCCAGACUUUGACAUGAGCAAAGUCCCAGAGACUGAAGACAUCCGCAUCGAGCAGUAUUUCAGUAAGGAAGAGCUGGCAGAGCUCAGCAAAAUUGAGAUGACGCGAUAUCGGAACAUGAAACGGAACUACGAUGUCAUGAGAAUGCUAGGUCUCCCUGGUAAGAAACCCUACUUCAUGGAAAAGAACAGGCGUAGCUUGGUUCAGCCGAAGGAGCCCCCCACCCCACCUCUCACCAGCAGUGAGGAGGAGGAAGAUGAGGAAUGGACACCUGAACUAGAGAGGAAGAAGAACCAGAGGCCAAAGAAACCUUGGUUCCUGUUGCCACCUAAGAAACCCAGAGUUGCAAAGCCCAAGACCCCAAGUUCUCACAAAAAGACAAAAGCUAAAAGGAAAGCAGAAGCAACAGUAAGCAAAGCUCCAACAACAAGUGAUGACAAAGCAGAACCAUUCCAUGGUUUCCAAGCUGAGGAGGUAGCUGAGAUGAAGUCUGCUACGGCUGCCAGCUUAGCAGAGUUGGAGGAGAAAAUGAAGACUUUGGAACUAGAGAUCCAGAGAGAGGAGGCUGUUGGACCAUGGGAUAAACACGAGACAGGGUCAGAGUCUGACUGCAGCACAGAUUUGGAGCUCGAGCCUGUGACUGCCCCACUGCAACCAGAAAAGCUACAGGUUCUGGAAAAGGAAGCAGUGCAGGAAAAAGAGGAAAUCCGGACAAGUCGCUAUCCACAGAGGAACAUUCCCAGAAAGAACUACAAGGAAGUUGAGAUUCCAGAUGAUGACCACUUUCUGUACUGUGAAGACUGCAAUGAGCUGUAUGAGGGAGACUGCCCCGUCCAUGGUCCAUUGACUGUCGUGAAGGACAAACAAGUCCCCAAAGGAGAACCCAACAGAGCGGCCCGUACACUCCCCGACCACCUGUCUGUACGUCCUUCCAAGAUCAGGGGUGCAGGGGACGGGGUCUGGCUGGAUGGACAGGCCAUGGCCAAGAACCUGGUGUUUGGACCGUAUGAUGGGAAGAUCACUGGGCCUGAGAUAGGACUGACCACAGGGUAUGCAUGGCAGAUCUCCAAGAAUGACAAGGUGAAGUACUACAUAGAUGCCACUGACGUCACCAAGAGCAGCUGGAUGCGUUACGUCAACUGUGCGCGGAAUGAGGAGGAACAGAACAUGGUGGCCUUCCAGUACUACCGGAACAUCUACUACCGCACUUACAAGCCUGUUCCCCCCGGCACCGAGCUACUGGUGUGGUAUGGGAACGAGUACGCCAAGGAGCUGGGCAUCUCAGAAAAGGCACAGGGAAAAGUAGAAGAAGCAAGGAAUCAACAAAAAGGUGUCCAGACAGGUGCAGUUGCAGGCUACAGCUGCAGUAGGUGUGGGAAACUGUUCUCCACCCAGGACUACCUGGACAGACAUGUCAAGACACAUGCAGACAUGAAGGGUUUUACACAGAAGAUCAGCCUGCAGAGACAUGAGAGGGUUCACACUGGGAUAAAACCCUACAGGUGUGAGGAGUGUGGGAAGUCAUUCACUGUACAGUCAAAUCUGACCACACACAUGGUAACACAUUCUGGUCUGCAGCCUCAUGUCUGCACACAGUGUGGGAAGGGAUUUACAACCUCAAGUUAUCUACAGAAACACAUGAGGAUUCACACUGGUGAGAAACCAUACAAGUGUGAACACUGUGAGAUGGCAUUUAAUGUGAGGGGAACUUUGAAGAGACAUGUUAUCAGUAUUCACAAUAAGGACUUCCCCCACAGGUGCCAGGUGUGUCACAAGGGGUUUAUUACACCAGGUGAACUGAGAACCCAUGCACAGAAGGAACACAGCCGGUAA